AUGCCAUUGCCAUCAGCCGUCCAGGACUUUCUGGAUCUAUCAUUGGAUCCAGAUCUUGAUGACCUUGAUAACGGUUACCAGGCUGAUACCAGUCUUGAUUCCAAUGACACCCGCUCGAGCACACCUGUUAUGACUUUGUCAGACGACUUGGUUGCCAAUCCUGCAUGCUGGCCUUCUUCUCAUGCUCUCAGGAUUCGGGCAUGUCUGGUAUCAUUUAUGGACUUACCACCAGUGACACAUGUAGCUACAUCCACCACGGAGUCUGUCAUGGAGUCAGAAAGCGAGCCAGAAGUGCCAUCUGUUUUGGCGAAAACAACACCAAUCCCUCCCCCACCAAAAUACGAGCCAAGCAGUGUCACUGAGCCUGAGAGUGACAUCGAAGAAUUACCCCAGCCCUCGAUCAAGAAUCUUCCUAAAAACGAGCCAAGCAGUGUCACCGAGCCGGAGAGUGAUGUCGAAGACUUACCCCAGCCCUUACCCCAGCCCUCGAUCAAGAGUCUUCCCAAAAACGAUCCCAGCAGUGUCACCGAGCCGGAGAGUGAUGUCGAAGACUUACCGAUCAAGACCCCGAUCAAGAAGAAAAGCUUCUUCGACACUCCAAGUCCCCCUGGUCCAGAUUCCUGUUAUUGGAAGUAUGUUUCACGAGAAGAAGACGCCAAAUGGUAUGAUCGUGCGCAUGCCGACAACAGCUUUCUUACAGUGCGUCAAAUCAAACAAGACUUAAAGGACCUUCAUUAG